UUUUUUUUUUUGAUCGUUAUAAGAAUCAAGUAAAAUGUCUGAACCCAUCUUUGUCGAUCUUAGUGAAAGUAAGCCUGCUGAAAUUGAAAGUUUAUGUAUGAAAUGUGAACAAAUGGGCGUUACCCGAAUUCUUCUUUCCAAGAUCCCUCAUUUCAAAGAAGUUAUUAUUAUGGCUUUUGAAUGCCCUCAUUGUGGUUUCCGUAAUAAUGAACUUCAAAGUGCAGGUAGUUUUAAUGAAAGAGGUCAUACCAUCACAUUGUCAAUCUUGAAUAAAGAGGAUUUAAAUCGUCAAUUAGUGAAGUCUGAUUAUUGUUCUGUCAAAUUUGUUGAGCUCGAUAUUGAAAUUCCCGCUAACAAUAGACGCGGUCUUUUAACAACAGUUGAAGGUUUGGUAAGCAAUGCUAUCGAUGAUUUAUCUGCUGCACAACCUAUUCGUAAAGCCACGGAUGAAGCAGUUUACAAUAAAAUUGAGGAAAUUCUUGCUAAAAUGAACAGUUAUAAAGAAGGUGCUCCUUUCACACUUGUUCUCGAUGAUCCUUCUGGUAAUUCUUAUGCUGAAAAUAAAUGCUUACCAGCUCAAGAUCCUCAGAUCAAGGUUAGAUGGUAUAUUCGAACUCCUGAACAACAAGAAUUCCUUGGCCUUCAACCUAACCAAGAGCAAACACCUGCUGAACAAGCUGCAGACGCACUUCAACAUCGUGCUCCUACAGUUUCAGAAAUGGUGAAUGAAGAAGGCGUUCCUGAAAUCAUGUCUUUUCCUGCCAACUGUCCAAGCUGCAAUGCACCUUGUUCUACUAAUAUGCAUGUUAUGGAGAUCCCUCACUUCAAGGAAGUUGUCAUUAUGGCUACUAAUUGUGAACAUUGUGGAUAUAAGAGUAAUGAAGUCAAGGCAGGUGGUGCAAUCUCUGAAAAGGGUAAACGUAUUACUCUCAAUGUAACUGAUCCUGAAGAUUUGUCCAGAGAUAUUCUCAAGUCAGAGACUUGUGGUUUGAGUAUUCCGGAAAUUAAUCUCGAAUUAACGCCCGGUACAUUGGGUGGUCGUUUCACGACUGUUGAAGGUUUGCUUAGACAAGUACAUGAUGAAUUGCUUGAACGUGCUCCUUUCAUUCAAGGUGAUUCUGGUACUGAAGAAAGCAAAGAGAAAUGGACCAAGUUUUUGAAUAAUUUGAUGGCUGUUGCAGAAGGGAAGAUGAUGCCUGUUACCCUUAUUAUUGAUGAUCCUUUGUCCAAUUCAUAUCUUCAAAACCUUUAUGCUCCUGACCCAGACCCAGAAAUGACAAUUGAAGAAUAUGAACGUAGCUGGGAAGUCAAUGAAGAUUUAGGUUUAAAUGAUAUGAAAUUGGAAAACUAUAAUAAUGCGUAAAGUUUAGAAAGUAAUUUGUUUAUAUAUAAUUGUAUCCCUAGAUAACGAAAUAAAAAUAAUUGUUAAUAUGUAUGUAUGUGUGUGUGUGUACACUACAAAAAAAA